AUGCAGGGUGUGGAUGUCAGCACCAUGCGUCGGGGGCCGGAAGACUUCGAGCAGCCGGAGCCUACACCAGCUCCGAAGAAAGAGCAGCCGAAAAAGGAAGAGCCAAAGGAAGAGGAUCUCCGGUCUCCAGAGCAGAAGGAGGCGGACGAGUGGAAAUCCAAAGGCAAUGAAUUGUACAAAAAGAAACAGUUUAAAGAAGCCUUGGAGAUGUACGACAAGGCCAUUGCAGUGGUCCCCAAUGACAUCACGUACCACAACAACAAGAAUGCGGUGCUGAUUGAAAUGGGAGUGGAGUACUAUGAUGAAGUGCUCAAGAGCUGCCAAGACCUGCUCGAUCGACGCUAUGAGAUCAACAGUGCGAAUCCUGGCGGCGCAUCCUUCGAGAAGGUGGCCAAGGUCUUUCAAAGAAUGGCCUCCGUCUAUGAGAAGCUACACAAGUAUGACGAUGCCAUUGCCAUGUACAACAAGGCACUCACAGAAGACAAUAAUCGAAGUGUCCGAAAUGCACUGAGAGACUGUGAAAGAGCCAAAGAAAAGCAUGAGAAGGACGCUUACCUUGAUCCUACAAAGGGAGAAGAGCACAGGGAAAAGGGCAACGAGUUCUUCAAGUCUUCACGGGAUCGCUCCACCUUCGCGCUGGGCUUUUCUUCGGCCUUGGUGACCGAUGUCUUUUUGGACCUCUCCAGGAGCUUUUUGCUGGCACUACGACAGGGCCUGGUGCAGAAUCCCCCUGCCUACAGUUCGGAAGCGACCAUCCGUCCAGGGGACUUGUACUAUUUGCACAAGAUGAUGCAUAGCGCGCACGAUGCUGCCAUCAAAGCCAUUUGCGGCCUGGGCGUGUCAAGCGAGAGCCUGCUGCGAUUCUUCUGCGUAUUUAACUUCUUUUUGCUCUUGCUGAUAGGGGUUGUCCACCUGGCUUUCCUAUCUCCUUACAGCCAGCUGCACUCCGCCUAUCAGCUUUCUGAGUUGAUCCUCCGGGAGGGCGGUUAUUGCCAGUCGAUGACCACGCCAACCUUGGUGCGGCUAGAGUUGCUGGAUACCAUUUGGGCCCGACAACCAGCGAAUGUCACGGAAACGAAUCAGUCAGAGGCGGAAAUCCUCCGUCACUUGGAAGACCUCCUGAAUCUUGCCUAUGAUACGGCAAUACCCAGGCCCAGCUACGAGAUCGCCACAGAGACAGCGGCUCCGUGGCUCCUGGUGUCUUCUGAGAUGAGAUCCAAACUGGGGCUGAAAAUCAAAGAGAUCCAGGUCUCAGUCGAUGAUGCGCGCUAUUUUGGGCCCUACUGGGCAAGGACGUUGAUGUCAACCUUGGGGCUCUACGAUUUCUACGUGUUGCAUGCCGUUCCGCUGCGUUUGUUCACCUCUCCGCAGUGUCGGAUGUGGAGCCCAAACACGACCUUACAUGCGCGGCUUCGCAGCCGCGGCACCCUUUCGUUGCUUCCAGUCCAGGAGCGGAUCAUAGCGAGUCGCGAAGACAAUGCGACCUUUGCGAAGCAAUGCUUGAGGGAUAUGGGAUGGACGGCCCUGUUUCUUUUCGGUGUUUUUCUGGUGUGCGUUCUCUUCAGCAGCUUUCUGCGCAGUUUGUUAGUUUUGAGUUGUCGCAUGUACGUCAACAAUCAGUUCUGCUUGCGGCACUUGCGGCGCUAUGCCUUCAUAGCUCAAGAGAUGAGAAGAGUGAACCGAGCUGCUUCCACCGUGCUGUUAGAACUUUGGGUUGCGUGGGGCGCGAGCAUGCUGAUCCUGCUCUGGAUCAUCAUUGAAGCGGGACAUCGGUCCCAUGGCGCUUGGUCUUUUUGGAUCAUUGGAUAUGGCUUCAUGGAGUUCUGGGGCUUGGCACAUGUGCGCAGCAAACAAAGUCGUUGGAUCUUUCCACGGGUUUCUUGGGUGAUCAACGCUGGUGCUUUUGCGUAUGUAUAUUGGUGGCCCUUGGCCCCACAGUGGAUCUUGGUGUCCUUGGUGCUGUGGUCAGACUUAACGCUAUGUUUCUACUUGCUGAUUUACUUCGACUACUGUUUCUCCCUUCCACCACAGCCACCGCACCAGCUGUUCGUUUCCUCGCUGCUGUUGCCAGCGGUGACCCUUUCCCGCAGCGCCGAAACGCAGACUUCGGAAGCCGCACAAACGUCUGACGGAGAGGUUCAGUCGCAGAAUCCCAGAUCCGGAGUUUCAAUCGAGUAA